UUUCCUGCUUCUACCUGUUGCCUACUCAUCUGGUUGUACUGUUACAGUACAGUAGAGCUAAUGCAUGGAUAACCGCUGGGCAGUAGGCUACCGUUACAGCUAGCGUACUAUUUUUUUGAGUAGCAGUGAUUAGUUGGCUAGUAGUUGACGAUAAGACAUGUCGGAUGGAUGGCAUUAAAAAGCAACAACGUUAGCUCGUCAACGAGUUAGCUUGGGUUUAAAGAUGCUUCAAGCACCAUAUGGGAGCCUGGACCGGGACAAGCCGCUCAUACGGCUGCCUUUCACGCACUUUGCCGUGGGUACGGUCUUGAUGGCGCUCACCGGCUUGAUAGCCAGUAUUGGCAUUUCUUUGAUGUAUCAUUUCGAGGAGUCUACCUACACUCACUGUCAAGUGCCGAACUACCUCCCCUCAAUCAGUGCGUCCAUCAGUUUGGUGCCUGAGAGGUAUAUCUGGCGGUUCUGCAUCGGUUUGCACUCGGCGCCACGGUUCCUGGUUGCGGUAGCCUACUUUACCUUCUACCGUGGGCGUUUUGCUAAGAGACAGCUGGAUCUGCUGUUCAGCGGACUGGCUCUGCUUGCUUCAUGGGCAGAGAAUGUAGGCCUUCUGAUGUUGACCUAUGUCUCCUCAACAGAAACUUACAGUGUGCACAAGUAUGGCUUCAUCGUGUUCAUCGCCAGCUCUUUCCUACACAUGCUCAUUACCUGCAGGCUUUGGCAGGUGGUUAAAAAGUACUCUCUGAACCCUGAGGAGAUGACGUCAUAUCGUUGGAAGCUCCGGUUGUUUGUGUUCAACGUGAUCUGCCUUCUUACCACCUUCUAUUUCUUCAGGCGACACAACAAGUAUUGCGAACCAGGAAUUUACACUUUCUUUGCGCUCUGUGAAUACCUGGUGGUCCUCUCGAACAUGGCGUUUCAUAUGACGGCAUUCUGGGACUUCGGGAACAAGGAAGUGAUGGUAGCCACACCCCCGGAAGACAAGCGUUUUUGAGGAGGAUGAGGGAGACUUCAUCAUUUACAACACUCCCAAUCCUGGGGACCGACCAGUGGUGGCCAACUGUGAAAGUGUGUGUGUGUUCGUUUGUAUGAAAGCAAAUGCCAUGAUUAUUUUAAUGCCUGUUUUAUGGCAGCAACAUUCAUGGGUUUUCAGUUCUGAAAUGGGAACCUGCGAUGGAUAUAGAGAGACUGCAGUGAGGCUGUGUGGAUUCUGCUCAUCGUCACUGGUGAUUACCUAACAGUCUUUGCUGGCAGUCGUUUUCCACAGUUCCCACCACACAUGCACACACACACACACACACACUCUCACACGUACACCGGUAAAGGCCUAGGAAGAUGACAUGGACAUGUCCAUGUCAUGUUUUUCUCAGGAAAUGAAAACCCCUUUAAUGGAGUGUUCUAGCAUGUGUUCAUCAGGUGUGACAGGUGCAUAUUUGUGAUGAUGUAUUUUAAAGUGUGCAUGGUGAGUGGUAGCAGUGACAGCAACACACUGGUCCUCACCACCUGGUCCUCACCACCUGGUCCUCACCACCUGGUCCUCACCACCUGGUCCUCACCACCUGGUCCUCACCACCUGGUCCUCACCACCUGGUCCUCACCACCUGGUCCUCACCACCUGGUCCUCACCACCUGGUCCUCACCACCUGAUAUCUUGAAUGGGGCCCCAAACUUUAAGGAUCCAGGUAUCAGGUGAUUUUAGUAAAAAAAAAAAAAAAAAAAUGGAUACUGGACCAGAAUAUUCAGAAGCUGCGGUUUUUUAGUUUGUUGUGAAAUUAUGAUUUCUAACAAGAAAGAAUCGUCGGUAGCCGAUGAAGAACUAAGAUGAUUACUCAAAGAAUUCAUAACAGAUGUUUUAGUAGUACAGGCCUGGAAUCGAAUCAAUCAUUCCAUCCUGUUUGUGAUACCAAAUAUUUGUGAUGUUGUCCAACAGGAAAUAACCUAUAACCUUGGCACACCAGGUGCUAAAACAGAACAAAAGAAUCCUAGUAUCACUCCGUCUGACGUGUAGUAUGAACAGCUGUCCAGUUUCAUAGCAAUUACUCAACCGUUAUUACAGUGAAGAAACAAUUGCUGCUCCAGUCAGUGUAGCACUGCCUAAAUAUGUGUCAUAGCUUUUAUAGAUUUAAUUAAAAUUUUAAAAGCAUACAAUGGGGUUGUUUCCGUUUCUCAAAACUGUCUUGGAUGAGAAAAUGAGCCGUAUC